GUAAUCUGGGGGGAUCCCAGCACCACGUGCGUGUCUUCUCGGUAUCGAAAGAGCAGCACUUGGGCGACUUCAGAUGGCGACGCGUGCGAAGAGAGCUUACAGAUGUCCAAAGUUGCGGUCUUUAUUUAAACGCUAGCGGUAUCUUUUCUGGGUUCCAUGCUGCCGGAAGUUUUCGCCGUCUUUGUUUGGUGGGGGAAGAAGAGUUGAAGGUUCGAAGGGAAAGAUCACAGCAUGAAGGUCCGCGAGACGAGGUCCCACUCCCAUUCAUCCCUUGAGGAAGAAGGGAAGGUGGCGACAAGGAAGCAAAAGGCAGAGGGCAAAGCUCACGAUGGCGAGCCACCGGCUUCUAGAAGCAAGAAGGCCAAAUCCACGGACAGCGAGGAUGGCGGUGACGGUGCAAAAUCUGCAGGAAGCACUACCGCAGAGUUCGACGAGUUCUGCAGAGCUACAAGAGAGCAUCUUUCUGUUGAGCAAAUGCGCAGAAUCCUCGAAGCUAAUGAUCAAGAUUCAUCUGGUCCUGAUGAUGCAAUUGUUUAUAGAUGCCAAGAUAUGCUGUUUUAUGGUGCUUUGGAGAAAUGCCCAGUUUGUGGCUACCAAUUGAAUUGCACUGGAAGCAACUAUGCUUGUAAGGGUGCUUAUAGUGAAUGGACAACUUGUACUUAUACUACCCGAGAUUCGCCGAGGGAAAAACAAGUGCUUAAAGUCCCACAUGAGAUAAAGGAUCCAAUGGUUUUAGAUUGGGUAAAAGACCAUGAAUCGAAGCCGUAUCCUCAGAGGCCAUUGACUCCAGCGGACAAGCCUCUUGUUGGCAUGAUGAUUUCCCUCUCAGGGCGGCUCUCGCGAACUCAUCAAUAUUGGAGAGAGCAAAUUGAGAAGCAUGGAGGAAAAGUCUCCAAUACAGUUCAAGCUAAAGUAGUAGAGGCAAUGGAGAGUAACAUUCCAGUAGUGAGGGAGGCUUGGUUGCUUGAUAGCAUCCAGAAACAAGCAGCUCAACCGUUGGAUGCUUAUGAUGUUGUUUCUGAUCUUGCUCCUGAAGGCAAGGGAAUCCCGUGGGACAAACAAGAUCCUGGCGAAGAAGCCCUUGAGUCCUUGACUGCAGAGCUUAAGCUCUAUGGCAAGAGAGGUGUCCAUAAGGACUCUAAACUGGUGGAUCAAGGUGGAGUUAUUUUUGAGAAGGAUGGAGUUAUUUAUAACUGCGCAUUCUCCAUUUGUGAUCAAGGAAGAGGACUUAAUGAAUAUUGCAUCACUCAGUUGAUUAUGGUACCUGAGAACAAGCUGCAUCUAUUUUACAAGAAGGGUCGAGUUGGGGAUGACCCCAGAGUAGAAGAAAGAGUUGAGGAAUUUCCCGACACUGAUGAUGCAAUAAGGGAAUUUGUUCGGCUGUUUGAGGAGCUCACUGGAAAUGAGUUUGAGCCUUGGGAGAGGGAAAAGAAGUUUGAGAAGAGGAGCCUCAAGUUCCACCCUAUAGAUAUGGAGGAUGGUUUUGAUGUUCGAUAUGGUGGUUUGGGGGUUCGUCAGCUUGGAGUUGCAGCUGCUCACUGCAAACUUGAUCCUUUGGUUGCAAAUUUCAUGAAAGUUUUUUGCAGCCAAGAGGUCUAUAGGUAUGCUUUAAUGGAGAUGGGCCUGGAUAGCCCUGAUCUUCCUGUGGGAAUGGUCUCAGAUCUCCACCUAAAGAGAUGUGAGGAGCUACUACUACAAUUCAGGGACUGUCUGAAGACAAAUCCUGAGUCAGACGAUAAAGGCAACAUGAUGCGAUUGGACUUUAGCAAUAGAUGGUUCACUAUGAUGCACUCCUCUCGGCCCUUCACCAUAAGGGAUUUCGAGGAACUUGCUGAUCAUGCAGCUGCAGCAUUUGAGACAGUGAGGGACAUAACAGUUGCUUCACGGCUGAUUGGGGACAUGACAGAUGCAACUCUGGAUGAUCCGUUGUCUGACCGAUACAAGAAGUUGGGAUGUUCUGUUACUCCAUUGGACAAGGAAUCUGAUGAUUAUAGUAUGGUAGUGAAGUAUUUGGAGAAGACCUACGAGCCUGUCAAGCUUGGGGAUGUGAGCUAUGGUGUAACGGUGGAGAAUAUAUUUGCCGUGGAGACGAAUGAAGGGCCUUCUUAUGAUGAUGUGAAGAAGUUGCCUAAUAAAGUCCUUCUAUGGUGUGGAACUAGAAGUUCGAACUUGAUGAGGCACUUAUACAAAGGCUUCGUGCCAGCAGCAUGCUCGAUACCUGCUCCAGGCUACAUGUUUGGGAAAGCAAUUGUGUGCUCGGAUGCGGCAGCUGAGGCUGCAAGGUACGGGUUCACAGCGAUCGACAGGCCUGAAGGCUUCUUAGUCUUGGCUGUAGCUUCCCUCGGGGACGAGAUCACCGAAAUGAACAACAUGCCCGAGGAUACGAAGUCACUGGAGGAGGAGAAGAAAGCUGUGAAGGGUGUUGGAAGGAAGAAGACCGACGAGUCUGAACAUUUCACGUGGAAGGACGAUGUCAAAGUGCCCUGCGGCCAGCUCAUCUCUUCCGGUCAUGACGAUAGCCCGCUCGAGUACAAUGAAUAUGCUACCUAUGAUCCGAGCCAGGUGAGCAUUAGGUUCCUGGUUGGCGUGAGUUAUGAAGAGAAGGGCAUGGAGAUGGAUACCGCAGAGUGAAGUGAGAUGGGUGAAUGGUUGGUCGGGAGGUGGAAGCAGUAGUUUUUGAUCGAGUCCCUUUUUGGCAAACACAGCGGAAACUUUUGUAUGUAAACUUUUGUAUGCACAUAAAGGCAUGUAUGCGUAUAUAUGAAAUCUUUUGUGCUACAUCUGGUUGGCCUCAACAUUUAUGAUGUUCUGAGC